UUUAAGAAACGCCAUCAUAGCUUUUCACCCUUUGUGUUCACAGGCUCUCAGCACGGUAAACAGAAUGGACAACGUGGCUCAAGGAGGAAAAGCAUACGGUCUUCUCAAGUCUCAACAGGAAGAAAAACUGGACUCUAUCAAUGAGGCUUUUCUCUCAGACGCAAAGUAUGCAGAAGAGGAAGACCUUGGUUCAAAGCUUGAAAUGUUUAAAAAGAAAUACAUGGAGUUUGAUCUCAACGACAAAGGAGAAAUAGAUUUAAUGGGGUUAAAACAAAUGCUGGAAAAACUGGGAUUGGCCAAGACUCACUUAGAGCUGAAAAAAAUGAUGGCAGAGGUUGUUGGAGGGACAUCGAAAGAGACAAUCAGCUACAAUGACUUCCUGAAUAUGAUGUUGGGGAAAAGAAAUGCAAUUCUAAAACUGAUCUUGAUGUUUGAAGGCAUGGGAAAGGAGCAGGAGCCCAAAGACGCUGGACCACCUCGUCGCAAAACCUUUUCAGACCUGCCUUGAAAGAGCUCUUCAUCCCAGCAGGGAAGACUUUUUUCAGAUUUGAAUAGAACCUACAUUUUUAAAGUUCAUGUCAAUAGAAAAAAAAAACCAUCAAGCAUACUGUAUUAUGUACAUUAUGUAUAAAGUAAUCAGAUUCUACAUGAAAUGCUUUGUAAGUAUUGAGAUACCAAAGCCCACUGAAUCCAUAUGAUGUUGCUUUAGCUACUUAAUUAAAUACAACACAGGGCCUAAUACUAUUUGGACUCUACAUGGUAGUGGCCAUUAUCAUGUCAGACAAAAUACCACAAUCUUGCUGUAAAACAAUAAAGGAAUAUCACUGUUUUAUGAAAGGUGAAGGCCAUCAUUGAAAGCAUAUAUUCACUGGUACCAAAGUUUUGCUGGACUAUAAUUAAACAAGUGAAU